AUGGCAAGGACGAGGGGUGAGCGCGGGGAAACGUCUUUUUCCAGCGUCAUGAGGCAACCCGCCCCAGACGUGGUUGUGUUGGAUUUCGUGGAAGAAGAUGUUCAGGUUAAAGAUACUGCGGAUCCAAAGAAAGACUUGUAUCUAUCUACAAAUGAUGGGCGCCACCAGAGCAAAAUAAUACCCGUCCGUGUUGGUCCCCAUGCCGAAGAAUUUCCCGUCCAUCGAGACAUCCUAAGGAAAUCAGAGUAUUUCAGACGUGCGCUGGAUGGAGACUUCAAGGAGGCUUCUCUCCAGGCCAUUGAUCUACCCGAGGAAGAUCCGUCUAUCUUCAGCUUUGUAGUCUCGUAUCUCUACGAAGAGAAAUUUGUUCCUAUAAAACCAGUCGCGACGGUCUUGGUUGCGGAUCCUGAUAAAGGCAAGGGGAAGGAGGUCAAUCUCGAAGAUGUACACUCGGAUACUGGGGACGGAACAGACACCGCGGGAAGUGCAAGUGACGAGAGUACCAGAAGUCGCCGAAGAAGAGAUCAACGACGUCGGCGACAAGAGCGAGUAUGGGAGCAGAGACAACGAAAAGAACCUGGCAGGCAUCGUCCCGAUUGUGUCUGCGCAUCAUGCACUACAGAGUCAAUCGGGCCUCCAUGUUGGAAUUGUGGUGUUACGAGAAGACCACCACCUCUUCAAAAUCGAUUUUUCACGAACAAUGGCUUGCCUCCUCCUCCGCACCCUGUCCCACGAGCCUAUCCUCCUCGUCCGCGUGAGAGAGAGCGAGAUCGCCGACGUGGGUCGAGAAAUAACGCAGUGAUACCCGAAGAGCCCGUAGUCGAGGAUAGAAUGUUACCGGAAGAUUUGCGAACAUGGUCUUAUGCAUAUUCGCUGUCAAUCGACGUCUACGUGUGCGCCAACAGAUAUCUCAUGCAGGACUUCAAGGCUGCUAUCUCAGCCUUUAUCAUCAACAACUUUGAGAUUGCUGGUCUGGAUGCAGCCCAGCCUUCAGUUCUACAAUCUUGUAAGACGCUGCAUGAUGGUGUCAGCUUAAUGGACCCGCUGCUCAAGAAAGUCUAUGCGAGAGUUGGAUUUUUGCAAGCGCGGUUGUGGAAGAACUUUCGUGAAGAGAUUUCGGCAUUUUAUGAGGAGAAUCCCAAACUCGUGGCUAUCAUUAUGAAGGAAAUGAUCGAGAGAAGGGAAGAGGAUGUCAAGGAUGACCUUCCAGCAAUGGAUCGACAUAUCCCCCCUUCUCCUCAACCUUUCGAAGAAAUACAUAUUGUCGAUGGCCCGAGACGUUACAGGAGGUAA